AUGCCGAAAGUGAUCAGUUACACACCUCCAUGGCUCUCACGCCCUUCUCCCGGAGCCGCCUUGUUUUCAAGCACAGCUCCGAAAGCUCCAGAGAAUAUCUCAGGCAAGCUUCGGCAAGAAAGUGACUACGCUGGACCAAAUCGCAUAUUGGCAAGGAGAGGAAACGAAGCGUUUACUGUGGUCGACAACCAGAUCCGUUGGUCGAGCCUAACGCGAUUGAAGAACGAAUGGCAGCAGCAGACAAGAUCAAGGAAAGGCACUCCCGAUCAGAAAGAAGACACAGAAGGAAAGUCGGAUGCUAGCGACAGUGUACACUACAGAGUCUUGACAGUUCCGGUUUACGAACAAAUUCGCCAACUCAUACCUUCCCCCAAUGGCGCUUUUCUGGCUAUCGUUGCAGACCAUACGGUUCAUAUUGCUGUGCUUCCGGAUCCGUCUCAUUUGUCUGGGACUGACAGCUCGCCCAUUCGUGUGAAGACCUACCAGCUUGGGCCUACAACCCACGUGAUACCCGAGUCACCUGUAGUAUCAGCUUUAUGGCAUCCGCUUGGGGUGGACAGCAACCUUGGAGGAUGUAUCGUUACCAUCACUAUAGAUGCCGCUGUACGGGUCUGGGAGCUGGACCGAAAUAAUCAAUGGUCUUUCGACCGUCCUACACUGGCGAUCGACCUGAGAAAGCUGGUGGAUGGCACCUCUUCUGACGAGGACUUUUCGCCUUCCGGCUUUGGGAAGAACAAAGGGUUCUCUGCUGAUUAUGUUGAUAUGGAAGUCGCAUCCGCUUGCUUUGGAGGCACAGGGAGUGAAAAGGAGGACGCCUGGGCACCGAUGACCUUGUGGGUUGCGAUGAAACCGGGCGACCUUUACGCCCUUUGCCCACUACUUCCCUCCAAAUGGAGAUCCCCAGCUACUACCGUUCCUUCGCUCUCCGCGGCUAUAGUUCCAAAGCUGGCAGCUCUUGAGGAGGAUCCCGCUGAUUUUGAGGAUGAGCUGACUGCCUGCCGACAACAAUACGAGUGGUUGACGGAAAUUGAUAACCAAGACCCCUUGCAUGUUUACGAAUCACAUACGGGUCCAGAUUCGGAAAUUCUUACUCGCCCUGCCAACCCCAGUGCGAUCCCCAGACUGCAAGGACCUUUCCGUAUUGAUACAGGAGAUGAGGUCGAUGACUUGGACCUCUGCGAUCUUCACGUUAUUGCUGCCAAAGUUGACGUCGAUGCCCUCAUGAUGGGCGAGGAGGAUGAGCUUUUGCUCGAGGAGAAUGGAGAGGACAGGCUGUCGGCCACAGUUAUUUGUCUUUCUACAGGGAGUGGAAGAGUUCACCUUUGCCUUGAACUUGAUGGGGUAGAGGGACAGUGGCUUCCUAGGGCUAGAAAGAACGCCUUUAGGACCCCACUGUCAGAGCCGUCUGAUCUAGUCUUGGUGGAAUCGCUGGACACUAUGAGGGAAGGACAACAAUCGUCGAAGAACUGGCCUACCUUUACGAAAGACGUGCAUUCGAGAUAUGACUUCUUCGUGACUACCGAGAACAAUGUGACGUUUAUCUCCCUUGCUUCAUGGGUGCAGAGACUUGAGGCGGAACUUCAGUCCGAGGACACAAGUGCUCGGGCUUCCACGGACGAGGCCCAUAAAACUGCGAAAGACCAACCAGACCAUCUCCCCGCUUCGGUGGUCUAUUAUGAUUACGAUCUCGGCUACUUAUUGCUGACCUAUCAUGGUUCUCAUCCAUAUGCUGCUAUCAUGGAUACUCCUGAAGUUUCUUUCCCAUCACUGACAGAAAUGAAUCCGGAUGCCCGUGUUCCUGGCUCUCCUGUAUUGCCACCACGCCGGCCGCCUUAUCAGGUUCCCGCCAUCUUUUACUCGGAUUCUCCCCUGGAAUUCUUCGUCGACAAACAUAUUCCACAUCGCCAGCGACACACUCUCAAGGAACAAGUUCGCCUGUCCCCGGCGACGUUGGACCUAGUGGCUGCUGCUCAUAGGAUUCUGUCUGCUCAUACCAACGCCCUGGAGAGAGCAGCAUCAGACCUGUUCCGUCGGUGUGAACGACUGCAGGGAGAAAUGCAGGAGCAACUGAAGCAACUCACUGAUGUGUCUGAGCGAAUCAAGGGCGUAUCGAGUGAAAUUGGUGAAGAUGGGGAGCGAAAAGAAAACUCCAGAAGUGGCGAGGCGUUGGAUAAGAGACUCCAAGCGGCAAAGGAUAAACAGGACCAGCUUGUGCAGCGAUAUGAGGCUAUUCGUAAUAAGAUUCUAAAGUCCGGUGGAAGACCACUUAGCGAGAAGGAGAAGUCCUGGGUAUCGGAAGUGGAGACAUUGUCAGAAUCGUUUGGAGAUUCGAAACAGGAAGGCCGCGAUAAUGGCCAGCAGCUAUCUGAGAGACUUGAAACUGUGAAGGAAAUUGCAGCCGACCUCUUGGCUGAGGCCAAGUCUGUAGCGGCGAAGGCUCCUCCAGUACCCGAGCCUGGCAGCCCGGCAUCACCUGGAGGUGCUCAGCCUAGAGUUCCCCAGAGACUGCAGCGAGCCAAGAUCGCAGAUGCAAUGAAAAUGGUGGAACGAGAGUCUGCUGUUAUUGAAGCGAUUUCGUCACGCUUGGAACGAUUGAACGCCAGUAUAUGA